CCGCAGGUUCCGCCGUCUCGGGAGCCCGGGGAGCCCUCUGUCCAGGCGCGGUGGUAACGGCGGGGACAGCGGCGGGGACAGCGGCGGGGGUGGCGGCGGGCCUCCUGCGCGGCCCUGAGCGAUGUUGAGCUCCGGGGCCGAGGCGGUGAUGACUGCGGCCGACAGGGCCAUCCAGCGCUUUCUGCGGACCGGGGCGGCUGUCAGAUAUAAAGUCAUGAAGAACUGGGGUGUUAUAGGUGGAAUUGCUGCUGCUCUUGCAGCAGGAAUAUAUGUGAUUUGGGGUCCCAUCACAGAAAGAAAGAAGCAUAGAAAAGGGCUUGUGCCUGGCCUUGUCAACUUGGGGAACACCUGCUUCAUGAACUCCCUGCUGCAAGGCUUGUCUGCCUGCCCCGCUUUCGUCAGGUGGCUAGAAGAGUUUACUGCGCAGUACACCGGGGAGCAGAAGGAGCCCCCCGCACACCAGUAUUUAUCCUUAACACUGUUGCACCUGUUGAAAGCUUUGUCCUGCCAGGAAGUUACUGAUGAUGAGGUCUUGGAUGCAGGCUGCUUGUUGGAAGUCUUAAGAAUGUACAGAUGGCAGAUCUCUUCAUUUGAAGAACAGGACGCUCACGAGUUAUUCCAUGUUAUUACCUCAUCUUUGGAAGAUGAGCGGGACCGGCAGCCCCGGGUCACACAUUUGUUUGAUGUGCAUUCCCUGGAGCAGCAGUCAGAAAUAACCCCCAAACAAAUAACCUGCCGCACAAGAGGGUCACCUCAUCCCACAUCCAAUCACUGGAAAUCUCAGCACCCUUUUCAUGGAAGACUUACUAGUAAUAUGGUCUGCAAACACUGUGAACACCAGAGUCCUGUUCGAUUUGAUACCUUUGAUAGCCUUUCACUAAGUAUUCCAGCUGCCACAUGGGGUCAUCCAUUGACCCUGGAUCACUGCCUUCACCACUUCAUCUCAUCAGAAUCUGUGCGGGAUGUUGUAUGUGACAACUGUACAAAGAUUGAAGCCAAAGGGACGUUGAAUGGGGAAAAGGUGGAACACCAGAGGACCACUUUUGUUAAACAGCUAAAACUAGGGAAGCUCCCUCAGUGUUUAUGCAUUCACCUCCAGCGGCUGAGCUGGUCCAGCCACGGCGCGCCCCUGAAGCGGCACGAGCACGUGCAGUUUAAUGAGUUCCUGAUGAUGGACAUCUACAAGUAUCAUCUCCUCGGACAUAAGCCCGGUCAACACAGCCCUAAGCUGAACAAGACCACGGGGCCUGCACUGGAACUGCAGGAUGGGCUGGCGGCCCCCAGGUCAGUUCUGAGUCACCCAGGGGGCCCCAAAACCCAAAUUUUUAUGAAUGGCGCCUGCUCCCCAUCUUUGCUGCCUACGCUGCCAGCCCCGCUGCCCUUCCCCCUCCCAGUUGUUCCCGACUACAGCUCCUCCACAUAUCUCUUCCGGCUGAUGGCAGUUGUCGUCCACCAUGGAGACAUGCACUCUGGACAUUUCGUGACUUACCGACGGUCUCCACCUUCGGCCAAGAACCCUCUCUCAACCAGCAACCAGUGGCUAUGGGUUUCUGAUGACACUGUCCGCAAGGCUAGCCUGCAGGAGGUCCUGUCCUCCAGUGCUUACCUACUCUUCUACGAACGUGUUCUGUCCAAGACACAGCACCAGAGUCAGGAGUACAAGUCUGAAGAAUGACUCUGCCCCAGCCCCAAAGCUAGAGCUGAUGUGUCCAAACUGGCCAGGAAAAAGGCAAAACCAGACGUGUAUGUGUGUGUGUGCAAGCAGCCCCACUAGAGCCCUUCAGCCUCCUGGUGUGUCCUAGGAGCAGGCUGCAUCCGGGAGCCCAUGGUCCCAGUUCAAACCAAGUGAGGCUCCCUGAGCAGCUGGGCUGGUGUGCACUGUAAAGUGUCUCCAUCAUGUUGGGAAGGCGUCCAUUGUGUCCAGAGUGUCUUUUUACUCACCUGAUACAGGUAAUUAAAAUAAAUCAGACUCUGGAAGCCACCUUUUUUAUAUUCUAAUAUGUUAGGUGUCCUCAAAAGGGAGUUAACUUUAUCUAAUCCUCUGAUGUUUCAGCAUAGAUCUCUUAUUUUUAAUAAGUAGGUCCGUAAAAAUUGUUGACAAGAGUUAGUAAAAUAAAGGCAACAAUUGAGAAGAAAAAGUGCCUUUCACUUUCAAUUGCUUUUGUAGCAUGUCCAUUCUGGAAAAUACAGUGUCUAAGAGUCAUAUAAGCAAUUUUUGAAACACUCCACUCCUCCCCAAGGUACUCACUGGCUGGCAGAGGGUGGCUAAUAGAUGCCUAAAGAAUACCUGCCCUCCCUUUUGUAUGUCUUUUUCUAAUCUUUCAAUUCUUUGUAUGCAGUAAAAGCUCAUCUGCCAGAUCUGCUCCUUGGGGACAUCCUUUCACUACUUUGUCAAUUCUGAGCGAUCCCUGACUUGCUGCUUUGUCUUUUACCUACUGGGCUGAGACGUGAUUAUGUAUUAUAAAACUGUGCAAACAGUCAGAAUCGAGCAGUAUCGCCAACACCUAAAAUUGCUCUGUAGGAAGCCCUUUCCCCCCCAGAGUCCACUGGGUGGUUUUUCUCACCUCUUUACUUAUUGCCCAUGGAGAGCUCCUCAGGUUUACAGGUGAAGCCACAGGCUGUGUACACAGACAGCCCCUGCCUUGGUUUGAGAGCUGGACUGGGAAGGAAGGGUGCUGACACUGGGUCUGCAGCCUCUCCGGACUUGGCUCUCCUCAUUUGUAGAGUGAAGAGUUAGAUUUCAUAACCACCAAAGUUCAGCCAUUUCCACAAAAUAGAAGAAAGUUUUCAGUCUUAUUUAAAACAUAUUACUACAGCUGAUACUUAGCAUCAUUUUCUUAUAGAUCCACCUUGGAACAUCUGUUCAUUUCCAGGAGACUAAUACAAAAAGACUAGGGUGAGCAUUGUCUUCCCUUUCCAAAUAAGUCUCCUAAGUGCAGGCCAGGGCCGAAGGCAUUGUGAUGACACGGUAGUAUCUAUGCUUUUAGCUAGGCUUUUUUAAAUCAAAAAAACAAACAAAUUCAAACUGUCUCUUCAGAGAGAAAGGAAUAGACCUAUCCAAAAGGUCACCUGAGGUGAGGCGAAGAACCGUGCUUCCUCUGUUGGGGCGAGCUGGCGGACACCUCGAGACAAUGCCUUGGGGUCAGCUAAAAAAAGCCCAAGAGGCCCAGGUGAUCACCAUUCUGCUGGGCCCAGCAUGCAUCGUGGGGACUCAAAACUCUACCUAUAGAAUAUACUAUGAAGGUUGUCCAGACCACAGACAUCAAAGAAGGUUGCAGCUUGAAGCAUUUGAAUGUUCGCUGCUGACGUCCCUUCCCGAUUCCCCUGCAGACCCUGGCUUUGAAGCUGAAGUCAGCGUACCUGUCUGAUCCGAGUCUGGUGGAACAAAUGCCCAGUUGUGUGCCCUUAAACUGCAUUGCCAAGCUGUAGCUUUGAGUUACUGCUAUUCUGCAUUGCUUUACUCUUUGAAAUCUGCCACUGAAGAGAGGUGGCUGCCAGGAAAGGGGUAAUCCUUUGAACUUCUCUGGUCAGAGGCCAGGGUUUGAGCCAAGGUUGUAAAUGUGAAUGAUAAUAUGUGCAAAGUCUCUUGGCCUGACUUAAAGCUGACUUCAUUUCGUAAGUUAUUAGACAUCAAGUAGCAGCCAAAUAAUCUUAUUUCUACUUUUAAGUUAUUUACAAGGUAGCUUCUUUUAGCAAAGACCUAAGUUAAAUUAGUAGUUUAUACCAUAGGAACUGCUGAUUUAUAUAUUUGCUAAAGGUACCUUUUGUAUCUGCUGUGUAUUAUAGCAAUAAAAGGAUCUCUUUGUUAGCAAAAAAGCAA